GUACAUGUAUACUUAGAUACGCCCCUUAAUUUACACACCGUGAUACGGUGAUCGUGGACGAUGGCUGUUUUUGAUGUUCAGCUGUGUGUAAACACGUUGUUAUAUUUCUUUAUUUUUGUUUGUGGAUUUGCAAUAUCUAUACCAAUAGGAGUCACUGAUAUUCAGUCCAAGGGAUGUGUGCUGUACGGUUCACUGAAGCCGUUUAAUGCUACUCACUAUACACUGAGCUUCAGUUCCAAGGCAAACUGUGAUUUCCCCAUCUAUGUCGGUGUGUUUGUCUGUAUUUUCUACGCUUUGGGGAUGGGAAUCUACAAUUCCUACGCCAUUUAUAAGUCACAAAAAGAUCCGUCAAUUUCGUCCCAGAUGUGGGUGAUGCCGUUCAUUCUUCUCAACUCUCUGGUGACCGCCGUCAUGUUUGUCUCCUCCUGCAUCGUCAGUGUUGGGUUCAGAGAACUGUGUGACUCACUGACCCAGGACAAGCCUUACCAGUACUACUCAAGCUGUGACAAAGCCCAAAAUCAGAAGUUACGGCUCGAUGGUACCAGCAAUAUUGUCUCAUUAGGACACUUUUAUGCCUAUAUCAAUGUUACACAGACAGCAUCGUGGAUUUGUACCCUUGGCUGGUUGGCACUGGUCAUAUCUGGAAUUGUCCGGUUUGCACUCAACAGGCGACUAAGAACCCAGGGCGCUGCAAUGUCUUCAGACACAGCAAAUAUUUCCACCAUUGAGCCGACUGCGUGAACAUGAUGGACAUCCACCAAUGGACUUGUGUAGGCACAUGUGUGCUGAUAUUGAAAGAAAACUGGUAACAUAUGUGCGUUCUUGGACAACACAACAUAAUGUUAAGUCACUGUCUCUUUGGAAGAAAAUAUACUCGUGGUCAGCUGUGAAGAUGGGAUCUGUGCUCACUUUUUUAUUGUUAAAUCAAUGAUUAAUAUCUGUGAAGUAUUUUGAGAACAGUAUUUAGGUGUAUUUAUUCAACAAGUUGGCAUAAUGAUUACAUACUGUAAAAAAGUCUUAUAUACUAGCAUACUUUAUAUAACACAAAGAAAUUCAGUUGUGAGUUAAUCAAGGUUGUCAUUUUUAAUAACAAUUUGCAAUUGUUGAAAAUGGAUAUAAAAAGUCAGUUAAACUUGAUUUUUUUAGAAUGCAUAUUAUUGUUUUCAUUGAAUAUUGUUCUUUAUUUAUCGUUUUUAUUUUCAUGUUAUCGCUCAAAUGUUCUUUUCCUCAGCAAGAAUAAACAUUAUGUGCAUUGAUGGCGUCAAUUUAGCGAUAAUAACACUGUUUGCAAAAUGCAGUUAUAAAUAUAGUUAGUCUUUUUCAAUGAUCAAAAUUCUGUCGCAUUGUGUAAUACACAUUUAUCAUUAUGUAAUACACAUUUAUCAUUAUGUAAUACACAUUUAUCAUUUGUAAUACACCUUUAUCAUUGUGUAAUACACAUUCAUCACUAUGUAAUACACAUUUAUCAUAAUGUAAUAUACAUUUUUAUUAUGUAAUACACAUUUAUAAUUUUAAACAAUGCAUUUUGUUCACUUAUUUAAUACAUGCUUAAUAUAUUAACUUCAAAGUUUGUCAUAUAAUUAUAUUUGCCGUAUAUAAAACUUAUUAUUAA